UUGGUGAAUUUUCAUUUCAGUAGGUUGUAACUUCAAAGUUCAUGAACAAAUGGUCUCGGUUUUGUGCUACGUUAUGGUGGCACCAAAGCCAACAACUAGCCUAUUCACUGCCAGCUUUGAAAGUUAUGGCUUCUGCUUCAUUCCUUUCAACAAUCGGCAAAAGGCUAGAGGGGAAAGUAGCAAUUGUAACCGGAGGAGCUAGUGGUAUCGGUGAAGCAAUUGCAAAGCUCUUCUCUGAACAUGGAGCCAAAGUGGUCAUUGCCGAUGUCCAAGAUGAACUCGGCAACUCAGUCAUCAACACCCUCGGAGGCUCAUCCAACUCCAUUUACAUCCACUGCGACGUCACAAACGAAGACCACGUCCAAGAAGCUGUCGACAGAACCAUCGCCACAUUUGGAAAACUCGACAUCAUGAUCUGCAAUGCUGGCAUAUGCGACGAGACCAAGCCAAGAAUCAUCGACAACACGAAAGCAGAUUUCGAGCGUGUCCUUAGCAUCAAUGUAACAGGAGUUUUCUUGAGCAUGAAGCAUGCCGCUCGCGUCAUGGUCCCGACGCGUAGCGGCUGCAUCAUCUCCACCGCUAGUGUAAGCUCCACGGUCGGAGCUGCAGCAUCCCAUGCAUACUGCAGCUCCAAACACGCCGUGUUGGGGCUCACCAAGAACCUAGCGGUGGAGCUAGGACAAUUCGGUAUACGUGUGAAUUGCUUGUCACCAUACGCGAUGGUGACGCCAAUGGCGACAAAGGUCAUUGGGCUUGAAAAUGAAGAAUUUGAGAAUGCGAUGAGCGCGGCUGGGAACCUUAAAGGAGCUACUCUGAAGGUGGAUGAUGUUGCAAAAGCAGCAUUGUUCUUAGCAAGUGAUGAUGCCCAGUAUAUCAGUGGACACAAUCUUUUCAUUGAUGGGGGAUUCACUGUGUGUAAUCCAAAACUAGGCAUGUUCAAGUAUCCAGAAUCUUAAUAUAUGGGAUUUCAUUUAAUCUAUUUAUAUAAAUAAUGUUGUAUAACAACAGCAACAACACUAUAUUCCGUGUAAUCCGACAAGCGGAGUUUGGGGAGACUAUGAUGCGCUGUGUACGCUGACCUUACUCCUACAUCUGUGGGAUAUAUAGAGAAGCCGUUUCUGAAA